AUGGAGGGGGAGCCCGGACCCGGCUUCCCCGGCGUGAUCCGCGAGGGGGACUUCGCCGUCCUCAAGCGCGACGAGGUCUUCAAGGCGGUGGCGGUGGCGAGGCGGAGGAAAAUCGUAUUUGAAAAACAGUGGUUCUGUCUGGAUAACGCUAUUGGGCAUAUCUAUGGAACAACGUUUGAAGUGACCAGCGGUGGGACCCUUCAGCCGAAGAACAGGGUGCAAGAGGCUGCCACAGAAACGAAAGAAGCAGGUGCAGAUAAUCGUAAUAUAGUUGAUGAUGGAAAGUCUCAAAAACUGACUCAUGAUGAUAUAAAGGCUUUGAAGGAUAAAGGCAUUAAAGGACAGGAAAUAGUUCAACAAUUGAUAGAGAACAGCACCACGUUCAGAGACAAGACGGAAUUUGCCCAGCAUAAAUACAUCAAGAAAAAGAGAAAAAAAUACGAGGCAGUUAUUACAAUCGUAAAGCCAUCAACACGUAUUCUGUCAACAAUGUACUAUGGAAGAGAACCGGGAAAAAUAAACUAUCUGCGAUACGAUACUUUAGCCCAGAUGCUGACUUGGGGAAACGUCCGUGCUGGCAAUAAGAUGAUUGUAAUGGAAACCUGCGCUGGGUUGGUUCUAGGUGCUAUAAUGGAGCGAAUGGGAGGUUAUGGAUCCAUUAUUCAAAUGUACCGAGGAGGACCUGUUAGAGCAGCCACAACCUGCUUUGGGUUUCCAGGAUCCUUCUUCCAAACGCUUUACGAUUUCCCUCUCAGCAAAGUGGACAGUCUUCUCUCCGGUACAUUUUCUUUAAAGAAACUGCCUUUAGAGUCUGAAGAGAAUACGGCGGUGGCCGAAGAAAGCAAUGGCUCGGUGGAUGACAAACCGGUUUCCGUCCAAGAAGCCGACGCAGAAUGCAGCACUGAGAUAGCUGCGGAAGACAAUCAGCCUGAAGAACAAGAAAUAAUGGACAUUCCAACGGAGGGCGAUGCAUUUGAAGACAGUAAAGCAAAGGGAACAACACAUGACAAACAAAAGAAACAAGAGGAGAGGCAGAAAAAGUUGAUAGAAGCUGCAGCUUUAUUGAAAGAAAAAAAUGCUGAUGGUUUAAUUGUUGCCAGUCGAUUUCAUCCAGCGCCUUUAUUACUCUCCUUAUUAGAAUUUGUUGCUCCCUCAAGGCCUUUUGUUGUCUACUGCCAAUAUAAAGAGCCAUUACUGGAAUGCUACACGAAACUGAGAGAAAAGGGGGGUGUCAUUAAUCUGAAACUCUCCGAAACGUGGUUACGAAAUUAUCAGGUCUUGCCAGAUCGGAGUCACCCCAAAUUGAUGAUGAGUGGUGCCGGUGGGUACCUUCUGACAGGCAUCACUGUUAUAAAUGAGAGUGUAAAAUCCGAGGACUGCUCAGAACAGGCAGAUGAAGAGCCGACAUCUAAGAAACGCAAACUUCAAGAGCAGCGUUGACACUUGAAGAAACACUUGUUUUUCUUAGGGCACCAGAUGGAACAGUGUGUUCUAUCGCUACCUGUGCUUAAGAGCACAGAGAAACGUACUUUGUCUUGCAUUUGCCAGCUGUUGGCAGAGAAGGUUAUCCAGAGAAGGGACCGCAUUCGAAUCCUAUCCAACUCGUACACGGAUAGUGCCAUAGCUUUAAAAAAAAACCAACGUAUUACAAUGUUCGCACAGUUAAAGACUUCAGGAUAUAAGAAUCACUCUUCCUGGAGCUGCUGCAAAAAUUGACCGAAACUCCAGUCUUGUUCUUCUUCAAAGUUGUGUUUGAAUUUGAAUCUCUUAUUUAUACCACCACCUCAUUUGAAAUCUGAUGUCAUAUUAUGUUGUUGGUUAAAAAUCCAUAAUAUUUUUUUUUCAUUUCAAGCCCUUGAAAUCAAGUUGUUAAUACUAAUAAGUGAAAUGGAUAUUACAAAAUCAUGCAGUUUCAUUAUGGAUGGGUGAAACAGGAUUGAAGCUAGAAAACUGUAUUUUUUAAUCUGUUUUGGAUACAAGAACUAAGGAUCAUCAUGUUUGUGCAUUUUAGAGUAACAGUUGGUUUUAUCAUUUUUUACCUACCCAGUGUUAGUCAUACACUGAGUAAACCCACUGAAAUUAAUAGACAUGGCUAGCUGAGGUCUGUUAAUUUCAAGUGGUUCUCCUCUGAGUAGAGCUUGGUUGGAAACAACUCAAUAGUUCAUUUUCACUUACUAUAACUUUUAAAAAUGUAAAAGCUGGUUUCCCUCUUCGCCUUUUUAACAUGUGAUAACUGCAUAUUGUUAUGUAGAGUCUAUGAUCUGUAAACCUGCAUUUCAAUAAAUUCUAAGGGUUUU